AUGCACCGACUCCGCCAACUCCCAAGAGGAGGAUCUCUUCACGACAAACAACUCGGAACUACCACAGGGGUUUUCGGAACAGCGUCUCAAGAAGAAUGUGGGAACAGCAUUAGACCGCACCCUCGCCACCUCCCCUCGCAGGCGCUGGUGUUGGCCCCGACCCGUGAGCUGGCUCGGCAAAUCCAGCUGGAGGAGCGGGACAGGAGUCGCUCCAGCUUGCUUUUUUGCAGUCUGAAGGAAAAAGGGGUUCGGUGUCAAACAAGUGGCUUUCUCCCAUGCCCAACCUUACUUCUUAGAUCAAUCCAUGAACUCGCUCGGUCCACUUGGGCAUCUUUGUUUGAGGGGAGCACCAACAACUCUGCGCUAUUUGUUUUUUUGGUAAAGAAUGAGAAAAGGAAGAGAAGUACCGAGUCCUCCGAAGGGACAAAGUGGCACAGCCUCGAGGCGCUGCGCUUCGGCCGCUCCGCGGGGAUCCUGUGCUGCUCCUGCACCGGGGGCGAGUCCAAGGGCGAGCAGCUGGAGUGGCUGAAGCGGGGCUGCCACAUCAUUGUGGCGACGCCCGGAAGGCUCAACGAGGCAGACCGGAUGCUGGACAUGGGCUUUGAGCCCCAGAUCCGGAGGAUCAUUGAGGAGUGCCCUCGCGGCGCGGACCGCCAGACGCUGCUUUUCAGCGCGACCUGGCCGAAGGCUGGGAAGUGCCGUUUGUUUGCGUCUGAUGAGUUGGCGCUGGAUGCUUCAGACCCCAGGUUGCCUUGGCCCGUCGCCACUUGUACGCAGCUUCGGCUCUCAGCUCUGGAGUCCGCAUCCGGGCUGAAGAAUGGCGUGGAGGCACUUUCCCCGCAGCUGCCGGGCAAGCUACUGGUGACCAGCUUCCAGGGGAUGCCCAUCUUCGCCAAGAACGGAGUGUUCAUGGCGGAUGUGGGUUCUGGUCCUGCUGGGCCUGCAGAGGAGCUUCCUGGCAGCGGGCAGAUCAAUUGGCCCAACUGCAUCACAGUGGUGAAUUCAAGCACUUUCGGAUUCACCGCCAUAGCUGUCGGCAACGGUUUCCUGGUGCCAUCGCACACCACAGGCGGAGUUUACGUCAUGGAGGCUUCGCCAGAGCCUACAAAGUUGAAGGCUCCCGUGAAGAUUACCAAGGACCAGUCCGAGAAGCUGCCGGACUCCGGGUGGUUCUAUCACCAGGCUCACUUUGUGGACAUGGAUGGAGAUGGGCUCGAUGAUGUCGUGACUGCUCGCUGCCAGUACUCGGUGUGGCCAUGGGCCAAGAAACGAGGCGAGCUGGUGUGGCUGAAGCAGCCUGCGCAGGGCGCCCUGUCUGGUGAGCCUUGGCAAGAACAUCAACUUGGAGCCGGGCCAGACUUUCUCUUCUGCGUGCGCCCGGGCAAAAGCUUCUCACUGGUGGCCCCAGAAUUCAUCACUGGCAAGGUGGUGUACUGGUUCAUGAAAAACAGCACCAUGAAGAGCCGUGAACUGGACAGCUCCAUGGGCCCUGGCUUCUCCUGUUCCUGGGAGGACUUGAACAACGACGGGCACCUGGAUUUGUUGGUCACCAACCAUGCAGCGGUGAACGGCUCAGUUUUCGCUUACACCUUCGACAGCGAGGAUUUGGAGACAGCCAAUGUGUCGCGCCACGUGCUGGCUACAGGCUUCUCUCCCUUCAAGGUAGACAAGGGCAAGGCCUCCCCAGGUGAUGCUUUGGCCUUUCAGCCAGAGAUCAAGAUGAAGGGCAAGCCGUCGAUCUUUGUGUCGGGGGACAAUUCCAACAGCAUCUUCUUGCUGACGCCAAUGUCAGACUCCACGGAGGACUGGCGGUACAGCAAAAAUAAGGUCAGCUAUCUUGGCGGGGACAUUGGCAGACCCUCCAUCAGUGACGUGGACCAUGAUGGCUUCGCCGAUAUUUUCGUGCCGGUGUAUGAUGCCAAGCAAAUUGUCCACUACAAGUUUCGCAAGGCAGGCCUGGGCGCUUGGGCUGUGCUCCGCAAGCGCCGGCGUCCGACAGUCGUUCGCCUGAGAUUGUUGUAUGCAUCCACCACCGGUACCUCUGAGAGAUUCGCCCAGGCGCUGGCGCAGGCAGUGCAGGCCGAGGCCGGUGAGGCGGGGCUGCAGAUUACCGUGGAGGAUUUGUCCACCUUUGCUUUCGACGAGCUGCUUGCACGAUCUGCAGAGGCUACCGAAAUCGUGGCGUUGCUGCUGUCCACACACAGCGACGGCUUGCUGCCACCCAGCUCUGCCCACUUUGGUAUGCUUUUGGCAGAUCAUGUGCACGACUUCCGAGUCGGCAGGUCUGCCAUGCGCCACUUGCACUUUGCGGUGCUUGGCUUUGGUAGCUCCGUUUAUGCGGCGGCUGGCCAUUUCUGCACUGCUGCAGCGCUGUCCCGAGAGAACUUUGAGCAUUCAGGGCUCCUGCAGCUAGUCAGGGGCAUGAAGUCCGUGCUGAUGGGGCCCUUGCAGCCCUGGGGGCACGUAGGGUGGCACCCUUGGCGCGGGUCACAGACACCCGUGAGCAAUCAGAGCAGGUUGAGGCUUGGAAACGCGAGUUGCUCGCUGCCGUCAGGGCUGCGCUCAGCGGGGAGCAGCCAAGACAGGCGGUGGGUGUGGAGGGCCAGCAAGCGGCGGAGGCAGCUGUCGCAGCCACCGCAGACGUCCCAGGACGGCGAGGAGUCGGACGAUGACAACAGCACCACUGUGAGCUCAGGCAUGAUGCCUGAGCUGUCGGCCACCUACGGCCUGGGCUUCACGUUGCUGCAGCGCAUGGGCUACCGCGCUGGCACGGCCUUGCGCCCCGGGGCGCUGGCAGCGCCCCUGGCGGCACGGGCCAACGCGGGCCGCCAGGGGCUUACGGAGGACGGCGUAGAGUCAGCAGACGAGCCUGGCCCGGCAGAGGACCUCACGGAUUUGCUGCAGCAAACGCUGCGGAGUAUGCGCGAGGCCGGCGAUGCCGAGGAGGCGGAGGAGCUGCAGCGCAUGGCUGGCUUCUGCCAGCUGGAGGCCCUGGAAGCGCAUGCCGCACCACGGCCAAGGAAGCCAAAGGCGCCUCCACAGCGCCGUCGCGACGACGGCGCCUCCGCCGGUGCAAUGGCGGAGCUGCUGCGCCAAUUUGCCUCCGCGGACUUCCCGGUUGAAGUGCAGCAGCAAGAGAGGCAUUUGAACUGGCGCAAGCGCUGGCAAGCAGCGCUGGGGAGCUACAAGGACUUCGUUGAGCGUCAGGAUAGCUUGAUGCUCAUUCCCUGCCCUGGCGGCCUCGCUUUGGUGUUGCCGCGCUGCAGGCAGCCUGCCCACUCAGCUUUCCGAGAAGGCUGCAUCUCCUGGUGCCACUUCCAAACCUCCCGCUGCGCCAAGAAGCCGCUGAAGCGGAAGUGGCGCCACGUGGCCACCGUCCUGCGCCGCAUCUGCGGCGCAGACGCCGCGGCAGCUGCGGCAGCCGCGGCCGCCGCGCCCGCAGAGGCUGCAGAGGCUGCAGAGGCCGAAGAUUUCGCGGCGGAGGAGACACCUCCGGAAGUGAAGGCAGAGGUGCCGGCGAUGGAGUCCAGCGAGGACGAAGCUGGCCUCGGCUGGACGCUGGAUGCAAGUGAUGCGGCGAAAGCAGAAGCGUCAGAUGUCGAGGAGCUCGCAGAGGGCUGUGCCAGCACCGGCACCAAGGAGCGGCCCAUGCUUACCAGCAAGCACCGGGCACAGCUCACCAAAGAGGGUUACAAGAUCGUGGGCUCCCACUCCGCAGUGAAGCUGUGCCGCUGGACCAAGCACCAGCUCCGAGGUCGAGGAGGCUGCUACAAGCAUUCCUUCUACGGUAUCACAUCCUACCAGUGUAUGGAGGCAACGCCCUCUCUGGCAUGUGCCAACAAAUGUGUCUUCUGCUGGCGGCAUCACAAGAAUCCAGUUGGAACUGAAUGGAAGUGGUCCAUGGACCCUCCUGACCAGAUCGUUGCUGAAGGCGUUGAGCAGCACAGGAGGAUGAUCCGGGAGUGCAAAGGCAUUCCCGGUGUCAAGAAGGAGCGCUUCGAAGAAGCCAUGACAGUGAGGCACUGCGCUUUAUCCUUGGUGGGCGAGCCCAUCAUGUACCCCAGGAUCAAUGAGCUGGUGAACGAGCUACACCAGAGGCAGAUCAGCACUUUCCUGGUGACGAAUGCACAGUUUCCCGAGGCCAUCCGAACCCUGAGUCCCAUCACGCAGUUGUACGUGAGUGUGGACGCAGGGACCAAGGAGACGCUGAAAGCGGUGGACAGGCCGCUCUUCUCGGACUUCUGGCCCAGAUUCUUGGAUUCCAUGAAGGCCUUGGCGGCGAAGAAGCAGCGGACGGUGUAUCGGCUCACGCUCGUGAAGGGGCACAACAUGGAAGAUGCUGCAGACUACGCAAAGCUUGUCGCGUUGGGAAAGCCCGAUUUUAUCGAAAUCAAGUCUGUGACUUUCUGUGGCGAGUCCAAGGCUUCUUCGCUUACUAUCUCAUGCACGCCUUGGCAUGAGGAGGUCAAAGCAUUUUCCGAAGCUCUUCUUGCAAAGGAAGGUCUUGACGAGCAGUAUGAGCUCGCUUGCGAGCAUCAGCAUAGCUGCAUCGUGCUGCUGGCGAACAAGCGGUUCAAGGUGGAUGGCCGAUGGCACACCUGGAUCGACUACGAUCGUUUCCAUCAGUUGGUCAGAGAGGGCAGGGACUUUGAUGCCUCGGACUACUGGGCGCCAAGCCCAAACUGGGCGCUCUACGGCUCGGAGGAGGCCGUGCGACAAUUGGCCUUCGACUUCCUCCGACGGCCGGUGCACGUGCACAUAGGUGAGAUGAAUUCAGCAAAGGCAAACACUGACGUGACACAGCACGUCGUCUUGCUGGAUAGGCUUGAUGAGAUGCUCGUGGAGCACCUCGGAGAGGAGGAGCUUGCCAUUAUCUUCGUCUCAACCAAGAGAUGUGUUCAGGACAUAGCAAGGUACCUUUGGCAUCACAGCUUCGGAGUCGCAGAGAUCCAUGGCGACAAGGACCAGCGAGAGCGCGACUUGGCGCUCCGCUCCUUUACCAACAAGGAGAAGCGGGUCAUGGUCGCCACCGACGUGGCCUCCCGUGGACUUGACAUCAAGGGUGUCAAGCUUGUCAUCAACUACGAUGCUGCCAACACCCCUGAGGACUACGUCCACCGUAUUGGGCGCACUGGCCGUGCGGGGGAGAAGGGCCUCUCGUGCCAUGGCAAACAGGGUGAAAAGCUGCGUGCCAAAGCCAGGGGCCCUUUGAAGAUGGACUCAUGCGGACUGGAGGGUGGCUACAUCAUGUUGCAUUCUAUGAAGUACAUUGAUGUAAGGGGGGUGUGGAAUGGUGCUGAACAUGUGACCAUUAACAUUUGCAUCCUGAAGGAUGGUGCAUAUGUGUCAUGA